UUUAAACUCGGAUUAACGUUGGAGAAAACGGGCUGCGGGCAUAACGCUGUCAGCGUCCAAGUAGAAUGUACCCUAGGUUCAAAACUCAACUAGUAAAGCAGCAUCUUCGAUAGACCCAAAGAGAAUAAAAAUAUUUAUAAUAUAUAAUAAAAAACGAAAUAUACAAAGUGAGGUUAGAAAUUAUUGAUAUCUUGCGGCUAAGAAGUUUCACGAUAAAUCGAGAUGUUGAGUGCAUAUCGGAGAAGAAAAUCAUGUUAGAACCUGUUAGGACUUUAGUAUGUAAAAAGUGAAGCGUUUUCAUCGUUGCGAAAAUCACACACUAAUCCACCUAGUUUGCGCUGCGUGCUCUCUAUUUUUCAAAAUUCAGUCCCUGCUACAUCUCGUCGCCGUGUCAAACGUAACCCGAAGAAAAAAUAUUUUCAUUGCGGUCGUAACUCGUAUAGCUGACAAUAAAUUUUGAUAAUUGAUUAAUUGAAAAGUAGAAAAAAAAACAAGAGAACAAGGAGUUACUGUUCAACUCAAGAAAAAUGACGGCUGUAGUAUUUUUCACCGGAUGCAUAAACCUAGCAAUGCAUUUUCAUCCUGAAACAAGUUAAGAAUAAAAGACCUGGAAAUACUGAGAUCCAAAACAGAGAAAAAACAGCGGACCUCGUAUUACGAAAUAUUCGUAUCAAAAAACAAGCUUGUGAUAAGUAAACUGAUCGAAAAUCGAGAAUGGAUUGCCUCGUCCAAGAGCUGGAAGAUAUGAACAUUUUUCAAGAUGAAAUGCCCUGUUGGGCUAAGUGGAUAGGGUUUGUAUGCAGACUUUGGGUGCCAGAAAGACCCGUUGGUCUCGAUCGUCCCUGUGAGGAAAAAGAUUUUCGAGACUACAGAUCUACUGUAAAUCGAGAUUUACAAAAUAUUCGCACACGAUUGCUUAUCUUGAUACAAAAUCGUGAUUCUGAAAAAAUCAACAUAGAUGCAGAUGAGGAGUCUGUAAGAAACUUUGUGAUUUGCCUUUUGGUAUUGAUUGGCGAACACAGUGAAAAAAAUGUUUGGAACAAUGCAGAAUCUGUUUCUUUGGCCCAAGACCUUACUUCAGAGCUGUGCAAAUUUUGUCGAAGCCCUAAUUUGUCAAUUGUUCUUACAAUGAGCGACGAUAAAUUUCUUGCAACAUUGAUGGCUCUAAGACCAAAACUGUUGAAAGACACUUGGAAAAAAUUUCCUGCCGCUGUUGCUUGUUAUAAGUGGUUGCUGCAACAAGUGGGCGGACUCUACUUGUCUCCUCGGGCCCUUCAAAUCCUCCCUACAGCUCUUAUCAUCUUCGACGAUUUUGUACCCGAAAAUAGAAUCAUUGGUCUAGAAUGUAUUCGUUUGAUCCUCCAUGAUUCUGAGACCAGGCAGGAAUUGAUGAAAAAUGGAUACAUCGAUGUCAUAUACGAUGCUUUGGAGUGUCUAAGCCACCAAAGAGAUGUACGAUACAUAUUACCAUUGUAUGCUAGCCUUUCAAACGUUCUUGCAACAAUUGAUUCAUGUGCCAAUUCUAUGGAUAAUUUUGAGUGGACCAAACGUGACACAAUCAUAAUGGGUCUGCUGUCAAACAUGGAGUCAGAACAAAAUUUGGAACUUCGUUGUAGUUAUAUGUUGAGUUUACCUCAAUUGGUGACAAAUGUAGGCUGUGCCAAAUGGUUUGACUACUUGACGAGGAUACUCAGUGAAUAUUGCGAUCGUCAUAACGAUCUGAGGACAUUGAAAGCGACGUUGCAGGCAGCUCAAACCAUUCUCCCAAUGUUCCCACUGAGCGUUUUAAGGCGAUGUGAUACCCUGUACACCGCAUUUCUCAAGCUUCGCUGUGAUCUUACUGAAACUCCAGUAUUCGACCGAGAAAUAAAUCAACUAUUGGAUAAAUGCACACAUAUAAUUUACAAAGUAGCGCCGAACAUUGGUGCUACAAUAAUGUACGAUGAUCGAGUGCGAUCGAUUACAGACUACAGCUUUAAUUUCGCUUGUUUCGAUGACAAGUAUUGCAAUUGAACGAGCAAACACUAAAAGAACAAAUAGAUACCCGAAAAAAUACAAAACAGCAAAUAAAAAAAUCCGUACUGAAUACGCGAUUGCGCAGCCCCGAAUAAGAGAAUGAUAUCUCCGAGUGAAUCUGGUCGUUAGCGUAGUUUUUUUCCAUUAUAUUUUAGCCUGUGAAGCGUGUAGAAUAUUCUCAUUGUUUAUCUCCAGAGGCUCAUCCUCGUAUAGAUUAAAUAUUUUCUUUACAUUGUACUAACACAAUAAAGUGCAUAAAGUACAAUUAUUAUCAAA